AUUGGGCGUUCACACUGUGAAAGGGGAGGGCUAUACCGCACUUCUUCUGUACUCUAGAAGUUCAACGAUAAAGUAAAGACGCACCGGGUCUGGAUACAAUGGCCAGACGAAAAGAGAAAGUUUGCUUGUGCAUAAGUAUUCCGAUUAUAUGUAUUAUUAUAAUUAUUAUUAUCUGUGCGACUCACUUUAACGAGGAGUGUGCUGACGGACUUUUCAAAAAAGCAGCAGUGGCAGCAGACUCGGAAACCUGCUCAAAGAUCGGGCGAGAUAUACUGCAGUUGGGUGGCUCAGCCGUAGAUGGCGCCAUUGCUACUUUACUGUGCACGUCAAUCAUAAAUCCUCAGAGUAUGGGCAUCGGUGGAGGAUCUAUAUUCACAAUACGGGAACAAAGUGGCAAAGUGAGAAUAAUCAAUGCCAGAGAGACUGUCCCAAAAGCUUUUAAAACAGACCUUCUUGCCAAGUGUCCACCAACAACACAGUCGAUGGAAGCUGCUCACUGGAUCGGUGUCCCUGGUGAUAUCCGUGGCUAUGAGCGAGCUCAUAAACUGUAUGGACGUGUGCCUUGGGCCAGUUUAUUUGAGCCCACUAUCAAGAUGGCUAGAGAGGGUGUCCCUGUACCCUAUGUGCUCUCUCGAUUUUUGCCACUUCUCAAAAACGUGACACCAGAAUCAUUACCAUUACGCCAGUUAUUCCAGAAUGAAAAAGGUGAGCUAUUGAAAGAGGGGGACAUUGUGAGAUUUGAGAAACUAGCAGAUACGCUUGAGAUCAUCGCGAAACAUGGGGCAGAUGCUUUAUAUGUUGGAGACAUCGCCAAAGAACUUGUCAGUGAUAUACAAAAUGCAGGCGGAACGGUAUCUCUAGAGGACUUGAUGUCUUUCAGGGCAUCUGAAUUUGGUGCCUGGGAAGUUACUCUAGGAGAGUAUGACAUGUACUUUCCUCCACCGCCAGCAGGUGGCGCUACACUCAGCUUCAUACUCAAUACUAUGCAAGGUUUUAACCUAAGUCCUGCAUCUCUGGAGGGGGACGAGAAGGUCUUAACAUUUCAGCGUUACGUAGAAACCUGUAAAUUCGCCAACAGUCUGAAGAAGUUCAUGAAAGAUCCCAAAUUUGCCUCUCAAGCGGAGGCAGUUGAGAUCAUUCAGAAGCAUUUUGCGGAUAAAGUGAGAGCAAAAAUCAGCCCUGACCGCACUUAUGAUGCCAGCUACUACAACACCACUCCAUACCUGGACUCUCAUGGCACCACACAUGUGUCCGUGCUCGCUGAGGAUGGUAUGGCAGUGUCUGUGACCAGCACCAUCAACCACAUAUUUGGAUCCAAAAUUUUCUCUCCCAAAACAGGCAUUAUCCUCAACAAUCAACUUGCAGACUUCUGUGGAAAAACAGACCAGAUUCAUGCUGGUGAGCAGCCCCCAUCCUCCAUGUCUCCAGUGAUCCUGUACUCCCCAUCUCAGAAGCACACUGUGGUCAUAGGAGCCUCAGGUGGGAGUAUGAUCACCACCGGGGUGGCUCUGACUCUCAUGAACUUCCUGUGGUUCGGCAAGACUCUGCAAGAUUCCAUCGAUGCCCCUGUAGUGUUUGUGGACUCCAAAAACAUCCUCAAAUGUGAGCCCUUGUUUGACAAGAUUGUUCUGGAAUCACUUUACAAGAUUGGGCACGAAGUCAAAGUCCCAGCUAAUUUUUAUAAUGUGGUAAAUGCAGUGUCAAAGGAAAACAACUGCAUAGAGGCCGUAUCUGACUCACGGAAACAUGGAAAGGCUGCAGGGUAUUGACCUGGAGUUCAGCUGAAGACUAACUCACACAAGCUCUUCUUGAUGCAUCUGUGUUGUGUUUGUAUGAAGUAAACCGACGGAUAUGUGAAGUUUUGAUGUUUUACUAUGCAAAAACAUGAAAA